AUGUGACCCUGGAGCACAAAACCAGUCUUAAGUCGCUGGGGUAUAUUUGUAGCAAUAGCCAAAAAUACAUUGUAUGGGUCAAAAUUAUCCAUUUUUAUUUUAUGCCAAAAAUCAUUAGGAUAUUAAGUAAAGAUCAUGUUUCAUGAAGAUACUUUGUAAAUUUCUUACCGUAAAUAUAUCAAAACUUAAUUUUUGAUUAGUAAUAUGCAUUGCUAAGAACUUCAUUUGGACAACUUUAAAGGUGAUUUUCUCAAUAUUUAGAUUUUUUUGCACCCUCAGAUUCCAGAUUUUCAAAUAGUUGUAUCUCCGCCAAAUAUUGUCCGAUCCUAACAAACCAUACAUCAAUGGAAGGCUUAAUUAUUCAGCUUUCAUAUGAUGUAUAAAUCUCAAUUUAGAAAAACUGACACUUAAGACUGGUUUUGUGGUCCAGGGGUCACAUAUAUGGGUAGUUGACGUAUGGUGUGACAGCAAAAAUGUAAAAAAACAACAACAAAAAACCUCUCAUCAUGCUAUUUGUAACUCUAAGAAUGAAGAUGUAUUUUUCUCAUGUUAUUUGUAUGUUAAGUUUUUUUUUUUUUACAUUUUUGCUAUGUCACACCAUAGGACACAGUCCGAUUUUUAUUUGUCAACUACCCAUAUAGAUUCAACUUUUAUAAUAUUUAUGUGAAAAUGGUUAAAGUUUAGCAGGGUUAGCCAUCUUAAAUACAAAUUAGACUUAAGUCACUAAUAUUAUAAUGGAAACCAAGCAGCCUCCUGUUUGUAUGGUGAGCCCUUAACUAUCUUAACUUGCCUUAAGUAAGAGUCUGUGGGUGAAAAGACAACUCCACUAUCUGUUUUUGUUUUGUUGUUGUUGUUAAAUAUUUUAUUACUAUAUUGUCCCUCACCACCUUAUGUUUUGACUUUCUUUAACGGAAAAACAAGAUGGUAUGAUUGUUUCUAUUUUGUUGAUUUGAUUUGAUCUGUUUGGUAAAAUUUAAUUGUGUAUUAUUUAUUUAUUAUUGCAUAUUGGUUUCUGGUCAUGAAUACUAUUUUAGAUCAGUUCAGGCCCGUUCACUCCAAUAGCUAUAACCGUAAAGUUUUAAAAAUCGCUCUAUAGCCCAUUCUUACCAAAAAUGAUAAUAAUUGUUUUUAUUCUGUGGGAAUGUUAAAUGCUCCAGCUCUUUUCAAGUUUGUUGGGUUCUGAUUGGCUGUCAAUGUUUUUAUCAUGGAUUGGAUCAUCAGCUAAAAAAAAAAAAAGUGAAUAUUUUUUUUUUUUCGGUAUUGCUCUGACGUUUUACUUUCCUGUAGACUUUCUCAUAUAAAUAUAAUGGUUAUUAAAUCUUUAUAGUUAUCGUCCUUGGUGUGAACAAGCCUUUUCAUAACGUUUUUUUUUUUUUCUUCUAAUGAACGAUAAAAACACUGACAGCCAAUCAGAAUCCACCCUACAACUACAGCUUGUGCGUGGCAAGUUGGUGUAAACAGACCUUAACUCUAAAUAGACAAAGUCCACAACACAACGUUCAGAGCAAGUUUUUUAGGGUGAUAAGGUGAUACAAAUAUUGACGGCCAAUUAAAAUAAAUCUGAAUUUAUAAAACGGAUAGUUCCGGUCCUUGAUUCUGAUUGGUUGAGCCACGUUCAAUUGAGCCGUUGUAAAUUACACUACAAACACACACCUUUGUUUCCUUUGUAUGUUGCUUGGCAACCACAACUGUUUCUGAGGAACUACAUUGUUUGGUGGAAGAAUACUGUUUUUAUUAAUAUCAUACUUUAUUUGCUCUGUUUUAUUUUGUGAAACCUUACUAAGUAUACGGAAUUACCGUUUUAUAAAAGCAAUAAGCCUCCACUUCGCAUCGUGCCUAACAACGCCCCUUAGCUGUUAUAAAUUCACUGUAAACCACGGCUUCUUGGGGCUUAUUGCUUUAUUAAACGCUGCACUGAACUGAACUGAGGCGCUCGCUCAGUUCGUUGAUGUACGAUAAUCUCCGAUGUAAAUUGGACGUUUUGGUGCAUCAGAGCUCCUCAAUUCUGCCAUCUUACAGUAUAUUACAUUCGUGUCCUGUCAACACUCCGCAGCUUAAUGACUCUCUCGCAUAAAACAAGUUAAUAAAACGCACAUGGCGAUUACAUCACAAUCCGAGUGUCGCAACAGCAACUGCAGCACAGGUGUGUGUGUGUGUGUGUGUGUGUGAAUACAUAGUGUCCUGCAGCUCACAGAAGUAUUCAGCUCGGCCAUUUGGCACACAUCACAUGGUCCCACAGACCGUCCAAGUUGGCCAGAGCUGAGGUCACCUGGCAUCGGCCUUGAUAAGAGAGAAACGAACUGACCUCCAGUUAUUUCAACACUCCACAUCUUUGAACGAGGCCUCAUGGAUCAGAACUGGUCAAGAGGAACGUUCGAUACGGACGGAUCCUGCGAGAAGGGACGGAAGAAAGGGUCCGGCCCGGUGGAGGUGCAGAUGUGCAAGUCCAUCCUGCCCUGCCAUGCAAACCAUCAGGGAGAGCUGGGAGCCGGACAGCUGCUGAAGUGGAUGGACACCACCGCAUGUCUGGCAGCUGAAAGACAUGCAGGAAUGGCUUGUGUAACGGCUUCCAUGGAUGAUAUCCAGUUUGAAGAGACUGUGAGGGUUGGGCAGGUUAUCAAUAUCAAAGCCAGAGUGAACAGGGCUUUCAACACAAGUAUGGAGGUAGGCAUCCAUGUAUCGGUACAGGAGGUGCUCAGUGGGGUGACAAAGAGGGUUUGCGUGGCCUUCUCCACGUUUGUCGCCAAACCAACAGGAACACACAAGGUGUCUCUGAAACCGUUGGACGUUCAGGGCUCCGUAGAGGAAAUGCUGGAAUAUUCACUAGCUUCAGAGAGACGACGACUCCGUAUCUUCAAUGAAGAGGCCUUCAAGAACCUCAUGAAGGACUAUUACAACCUUCAAGACAAGGGACUGUGUAGCAGGAAGCCCGUCGCGCCCGCGGUGUUCAUCGAGCUCACGCGGGUCGAGAGCAUCGAGCUGGUGCUGCCGCCACAUGCCAAUCACCAUGGAAACACAUUUGGAGGACAGAUCAUGGCCUGGAUGGAGAACGUGGCUACAGUAGCAGCAAGUCGUUUGUGUGGCUACUAUCCUUCUCUCGGAGCUGUGGACAUGUUUAGAUUCCGAGGUCCGUCCAGUGUCGGUGACAGACUGGUGUUUAAAGCGAUGGUCAAUAAUGCCUUUCAGACCAGUGUGGAGGUUGGUGUUCGGGUGGAGGCGUAUAACUGUGAGGAGUGGAAUGAGGGGACACCAAGACACAUCAACAGUGCCUCCAUGAUUUAUUACAUCCCAGGACGUGAUGGUGAGAAACAGACGUUUCCUGAUGUCACCUACACAACGCUUGACGGAGAAAGACGGUUUAUUGGUGCUAUUGUCAGGAAGAGAAUUCGCAUGGCCAGAAAACACAUUCUGUACUCAAAAGAUGAGGGACCAAUUUCCGUGCCUUGGGACAGAAAUAAUCAGGUGUAUUUGGGGUAUAACAACGUUGCAGCUCUCACAGUCUUGGCUGGAAAGAGAGGCUGGGAAGCCAGUAACAUCAAUGAUAAGAUAGGAGUCUAUGUGCACGAGGAGGCAGAUAAGCUGUGUUUAAAAGUUGAGAUGAAGAUCAAAACUACGGCUUUUUAUGCUUUCUCGCUGCUCGCCGACCUGCGGUUACGGCCACAGUGGGACAAAAACUAUUUGAGCUGUGAAGAGGUCGAGAAAGCAGAUGAGGAGGAAACCAUUUAUCACAUUAAAUGCACCACAGUCAACGGAAGCAAAAGUCGGGAUUUCGUGGUUCUGCUGUCUAAAAGGCAGCCCUGCAAAGAUGGAGACCCGUAUGUCGUAGCACUCCGGUCCGUCACCAUGGCAACAGUUCCACCAGAAGAGAACUCUAUUCGGAGUGAAGUUAAAUGUGCAGGAUUCCUCGUUCAUGAAAUCGGCUAUUUAGCCUGCAAGGUGUCGUACUACAACCAGGUGACGUCUGGAGUGCUGCCCUAUGUGGAGGGAAACUUAGCCGGCUGGUCCAAAUCUAUGGAAGAGACAGCAAUGUCCUGCAUUUCAUUUCUGGAGCAAGAUAUGCUGACCACACAGUUCUAAUGUGCACACAUUAGGACAACUCUUGGACAGUGUUUUUUUUUUUUUAAAUAAAAGGUUAUGAUAACAACUGCCAUGAUUAAGUGAUCAUAAAACGAGUCUGUUAUAGCAUUGCAUGUUUUUCUGAAGGCCCAUUUACACCAAGAAUGAUAACUAUAUAGCUAACUAUAAUGAUAUCUAUAUUCGAUAUUAAGAAUUAUAGAUGUAGUGUUAGAAUUAGAACAAGUCUUUGGUCUCAAAUGGUCUGAAGACUGCCAAUAAAACCAUAAAUAUCUAUGGCACAAUAUACAUCAUAUGACUAAACCUACAUUAUCAUUUUCACAGUCCACACUCUUCAAAGUGUAUUUAUAAAGGUCAGUUUUCGCUGGACAAAAAUGCUGUCUCAGUGUGGACAAGAGAGUAAAAGAGAGAGAAAAAAAAUGGACUUAUGUAUGUAAAAUAUGUAGAUAGCCUCAAACACAAACUGAGGUCACGAUAAUGUCCGUGAUGAUUAAAUAAUCAUUAAAAUGGUCAAUUACAGCAUUGCAUAUAGGUCUUAAGUUUUGCAUUUUAGAGUAAGCUUAGAACAGAAGAGAAAAGAUUUAUUUAUAAACAAUGAAAUAAUUUAAAAAACAAUUGUCAGAUUGUUUUGUAUAUGUAGCUACAUGACGAAAAUGACACACAGUUGUAUUUUGAUGUCAAGUUAAAAUGAAACCAAAAAUAACAGAUACACUGUAUGUUUGCAAAAUAAUGUUCUUCAGCAAGACGCGUGCAGUUUUAUUUUUAACCGCUAGAGGGACAAAAGUUACAUAAAGUAAUAUGGCCAACACAGAAAACACACUUAAAAACCCUCUUUUAUUGAGUAUAUUUGUACAAAGGUGUCAUGUAAAUAAAUGCUGCUUUUCAUGAUCAAAUUCUCUU